AUGGAUGCUCAGUAUCCCUUUGCCUCCCGCGAAGAUAUCUGGCACGUUUUUGAAGAGCUGAAGGAGCUUCACGCUACGCAAUUCGAGCAGGCGGAGCGGAUCGCGAGGCUCGAGCGGCGCAGGGACGAGGAUGCCAGGUUGAAGAGUGUCUGGGGUCCUUUGUCGCCUUUUCCGACCUCCGUUGGGGGCACGAUACCCACAGAGCCGGUCUUCCAUAACUCCGCGGACGCGUUCAAGGGGUUUGAUCAGGGGCACCAGCACGGCGCGGUCAGUACGAUGGGGCUGGACAGCGAGGACGAACCGAGACGGGGUACAUCCAGGGCAAAUAGUGUUCGGUUCGAUGAGAGCGCUAUUCACGGGUACUAUGGCCAGGCCAGCCGAUCCAACAGUGAGCUGCCGCUGAGGACCGGAAGCGGGCUGGGCAGUCAUCCUCUGACGGAGCGAUCGUUGUCUCAUCGAUCGGACGGGCGGCAAAGCUCGUCAGGACACUCGCACUACUCGGCUCGUACCAACAGUCUGGGUCUCGAGACAACCAGUAGGAUGAUGAGCUCCGUCGGCGGAUCUCCUCUCAUUCCUCCGCCUGGACUGUUUCUCCUCGGCCCUGUACCGUGCAUUAUCCGGUGCUGGCUGACGACCAACUUCUCGAACGACUCCCUCCUGUACGCCGCCGUCUGCUCUGGUUCCUAUACCUCUUCGCUUGGCUACCCGAUGAUACGGAGGUUCAGCUUGGAGGACCAGGUCCUGCACGAGGGGGAUGUGCAGUACAUUAAGCUUCCGAUGUACCUCCCGGAGGCCAGUGUGCACCAGGCCUCCUCGCGGUCCAGUAGCCCCGAGCAUCAGGUUCCCACCCUGACCAUCCGGUUCUUGGUUCGGGAGGUCGACCCCGAUGACAAUUCGAUCCAGAUUGUCCUGGGAAGCGAUGUCCUCCGCUCCCACAACGCCGACGUGCUGUUUUCCCAGGACAAGAUCAUCAUGGUCGACGACGAGCGAAACAAGAUCUCCAUCCCCCUCGUGCGUCCCGAAGAUGACUCGGUCUUCAAGUCCAUGUCCACCGCAUCGGAUGUCUCCCGCACCGGGCGGAAAGCCCGUCCGGUUCAAAAAGACAUUCAGGCGGACACGAACGGCCACGCUACUUUCGGCGUGAUUGGACGUCCGACCAGCCUCUCCCGCCGGGCUACAUCCACGUCGGCGUCUGCGCGAGAGUCCAUCGCAGAGUCCGAAGACAGUCGAAAGACCCGUCCGUCGGACACUCAGGAGUCAUCCACGGACACCGACGUCCAGAGAGGCCAGAAGCCCGGCGUGGCAUUCGACAUUCAGAUCAGCGGCGGACCGGCCAAGACGGAGGCAGCUGGCGCUGGCGUCUGGGGCUCGUGGAAACUCGAUACCAAGUCAGACCCGAACGCCUCCGCCACCGGCAAGUCCACUCGCGGCCGUACUAUGAAAGUCUUGCGGCCCACCAAAUCCGCUUCUCGGGCGGCGGUCCCGAAUACCACCACAGUACUGUCUGGCGGCUCCAUCCCUGCGGCGGCGGAUUACGUCGGGACGUCGACGUCGGUGUCGUCGCAGCCCGCGUCGACGCGAGGCUCGCCUGACGGCACCCGUUCCAGCAUCAAGCAGUGGCCCAGCAAUCCCAUUGGAGGCGCGUCCGCGUUUGGAUGGCUCAACACGUCUCAGCCCGCCGGACGCACUGUGAGCACCCCUAAAUGA